AUGUACAUCCUAUUGAUUUUCCUCCUCUUCCUCUACCCAAAACUCAUCUAUCCGGCCCAACUUCGGGCCCAAAUCGGCCUCGGAUCUAUAGAAGGCCGUUUCUGGAACAUCUCACUGAAUCCAUUUGCGGAUCCCAGUGAGAAGCCGGAAAAUCGGAGGGUUCCCGUGAGCUCGGCGAUUGUUUUCCUGGGCAUUCCUUUCCUGGAGCCACCGGUGGGCGAGCUGCGAUUUGAAGAGCCUCGGGUGCUCAGGAGAAGCUGGAGGGGAGUUCGAGCAACUAAGGAGUUCAGCAAGGCUUGUUGGGCAAAGAAGUAGUGAGUUAUGGGAACUCUGGGAGAAGGGUUAGGCUUAGAUAAAUUGUUAGACUUAGGCUUAGCAAAAAUGUUAGGCUUAGCAGAAAUGUUAGGCUUAGCAAAAAUGUUAGGCUUAGCAGAAAUGUUAGGCUUAGCAAAAAUGUUAGGCUUAGCAGAAAUAUUAGGCUUACCAAAAAUGUUAGGCUUAGUAAAAAUGUUAGGCUUAGGCUUAGCAAAAAUGUUAGGCUUAGCAAAAAUGUUAGGCUUAGGCUUAGCAAAAAUGUUAGGCUUAGCAAAAAUGUUAUGCUCCUGGGCUUGAAAUCGUCCAAAUUUCAUGAUUUCUACCUUGAAAUCGGUAAUUUUCUCAAUUUUCAAGCUCCUGGGCUCAAAAUUGUCAAAUUUCCUUAAUUUCUAGCUCAAAAUUGUCCAAUUCUGACUCAUUUUUCAGCGAGGUGCCUGUUGCAAGAUCGGAAGAUUGUCUCUACAUGAAUGUGUUCACCAAUGAGUACUGUAUGAAAAAGGUAUGGGCCCCCGGGGCCCUGCUCUUUUCAGGGCUCAUCAAAAAUCCUUCCAGAAGAACUGCCACGUCAUGGUCAUCGUGCACUACGGUCAAAUGUACCGCUUCUCGCCGCAAGCCGUGCGUCAUGACGUCAUCAUCCAGGAAUACGUGGCAGCGAAUAUCAUUGUGGUGAUUCCGCCAUUCCGCAUGGGAAUUUUCGGAUUCCCGAACUUCGGGGCGAAUCGGAAUCUGGGAUUGCUAGACCUGAUCGAGGGAUUCAAAUGGGUUCAGCGGGAGAUCGGGAACUUCGGAGGUGAUCGGGGAAAAGUGACAGCUCAUGGCUAUAGCUCGGGUGCAUUGCUCAUCGCAAUCUUGAGCACCCUUCCCGAAACCAGGGGGCUCUACGGGAGACAGGUUAUAAUGAGCCCCGCCGUUUUUACCCUGCUCAGCUCUGGGGGAAGCGUCAAGGUUACCAGGAGGAUUGCGGAAAAGGCAGGGUGCCCUAUGUUGGACCCGGUAACCUGCUUGCGGAAGAUUUCCGCGCGGCAACUUUACAAUAUCCAGGAGGACACCUAUUACAAUGAGCAAUAUCUGCCAAAUCGCCCGUUUAUUGAUGGGAAAUUGGUGCGCGGAAGUGUUGCGGAAAUGAUCGCGCGGAAGGAUUUUGCGAAGCGGCACACAUUUAUUGGAGCGGUGCGGCAGGAGUUUUAUACUACGCUGGAUUGUGAGGAUCGGGAUGGAAAUGCGAUUUUGGGGAGGUGGGAAAGUGUAGUUUGAUCUUGAGAUUUUCUAGUUUGGUUUUUUGAGAAUGUAGUUUGAUCUUCGAAAAAUGUAGUCUGAGCUUCUGAAAAUGUAGGGUGACCCUAAGGUUCUCUAGUUUGAUCUCAAAAUUUUCUAGUUUGAUCUUUUGAAAAUGUAGUUUGACAUCGAGAUUCUCUAGUCUGACCCCUACAUUUUCUAGUUUGAUCCUUGGAUUAUCUGGUUUGAUUUUCUGAAAAUGUGGUUUGAUCCCCAGAUUUUCUAGUUUAAUUUUGAAAAUGUGUAGUUUACUCUUCAUAUUCUCUAGUUUGAUCUCAAAAUUUUCUAGUUUGAUGUUUAGGCUUCUCUACAUAGUUUCACCCUUAAAUUUUCUAGUUUGGCUUCUGGUUUUUCUAGUUUGGUUUUCUAAAAAUGUAGUUUGAUCUUCAGGCUUCUCUAGUUUGAUCCCAAGAUUUUCUAGUUUUAUCCUUGGAUUUUCUAGUUUGACAUCUGGUUUUUCUAGUUUGGUUUUCUCAAAAUGUAGUUUGAGCUCAGGGUUUUCUAGUUUGAUCUUCAGACUUCUCUAGUUUGAUCUCAAAAUGUUCUAGUUUAACCUCUAGAACUGGAGAUUCUCUAGUCUAACUCUCUUCAUCUCCUCUGCGUCUCUAACCCUCCCACACUCUCUAACCCUCUCUAUUUCCAGUCUUCGACAAACCUGCCGACUUCUAGCCCUAGAGUACGGUUAUCAAACUCAAGCCAUCCAAAAAUGCGUGGAUUUUUAUUCGAGAAGUACGGUAGAGAGUACUGUAGAUCUCUAGUUUACUAAUGCACCUUUAAUUCUAGAAAACUACGCAAAAAUGCUGACAGACGAUUUUUUGAGCUUCAUCCCUAUUCUCGAAUUUGCCAACGCGAAUUAUUCACCUGAAAAUCGAAGCCACGUGUAUUUAUAUAGCUAUAGCUACAGUAAUCUGAAAAUUUUGGAUGAGGAUUUCGUGCCAAGACCCUCACACGGCCACGAUUCCACGUUUCUCUACGCUAGAACCCGCGCGAAAUUUGAAAACGUCACCAGGGAUACGGUAGUCGCGCGAGCUUAUAAUGGAUUUGCUAGGGAUUUUGUGAAAUCCAGAUCACCCUGGCUACCGUAUGAGCCCCAAAAAAUGCGAUUUUUCGAAUUCAAAUCUGAAAAUUUUGCUGAAAAUUCGAUGCGUGAGAGGUUUCAUGGAGAAGCUUGGGAAUUCUGGAGGAGUUUGGAUAAGUUCAGAAAAAAAUCUGAAAUUUCCAGACAUUCGGAGAGUUUUGAUAUGAACAUUCUACAUUUUUAUGGGUAUUUUAAAAGUGAGUUAGGCUAAGUCCUGGAAAAGACCUGAAAAUUUCCGAUUUUCAGCCAAGCUCAUCUAUCAAAGCUUUAAAGACAAAUCGGCACCGGCUAUCAAAAUCCUGCUGGCUGAAACUGAAAAUCAUCUGGAAUCUCAAAAACCUUCGAGAUUUCCAGUUUUUCUGAUUCUUCUUGCUGUAUUUUUUGUGUUUUUGUACAAUUCUAUGAGAGAAAUGAUUUUCUAG